CGGCGGCGGCGGCAGCGGCAGCGGCAGCUGCAAGUUGGGCUGCAGGGGCAGCGCAUACACUACAAUGGCUGCUGGAAAGAGGCGUAAGGAAACAAUUUCCAGGCCCGCCGCGUCCAGCCCGAAAUAUGAGAAAAAAAUUAUUAGAAAUUCCGCGGGCGGUGUAAAGGCGGCGGACGGGCCGGAGGGAGGAUGUUAAAGCCCCGCGGUUGCCUCUUGGUGCUGCAUUGGCCGUAUUUGGCACCCAGAAUGCUUCAUUCUGUGAUGGUCUAUUAAUAAGGUUACCUUGUAGAGUUUGGAGCAGGGCCUCAGAUUGGCCAAAAUGGGAAGGACUGGAUUCCGCUCUCUUCCACGAAGAGUCAAUGGGACUGGCUAAGAUCAAGGUCUGAGGCUUUUUCCAUCUGUCAUCAGUCCCUUUUUGCUUUCUUUUACGACCACAUGAAACUUGAGAAGCCACCUAAAGCUAAAUCAUUUAGUGGAGUUGGGCAGUUCCCAAGUGUCCAACAAGAAGGCCUGCUUUAGGCUGCGAUGGCCACUGUCAUUCCUGGUGAUUUGUCAGAAGUAAGAGAUACCCAGAAAGUCCCUUCAGGGAAACGUAAGCGUGGUGAAACCAAACCAAGAAAAAACUUUCCUUGCCAACUGUGUGACAAGGCCUUUAACAGUGUUGAGAAAUUAAAGGUUCACUCCUACUCUCACACAGGAGAGAGGCCCUACAAGUGCAUACAACAAGACUGCACCAAGGCCUUUGUUUCUAAGUACAAAUUACAAAGGCACAUGGCUACCCAUUCUCCUGAGAAAACCCACAAGUGUAAUUAUUGUGAGAAAAUGUUUCACCGGAAAGAUCACCUGAAGAAUCACCUCCAUACGCAUGACCCCAACAAAGAGACGUUUAAGUGUGAAGAGUGUGGCAAGAACUACAACACCAAGCUCGGCUUUAAGCGUCACCUGGCCUUGCAUGCCGCGACGAGCGGCGACCUCACCUGCAAGGUCUGCCUGCAGACUUUCGAGAGCACGGGAGUGCUGCUGGAGCACCUUAAAUCACACGCUGGCAAGUCGUCCGGCGGGGUGAAAGAGAAAAAGCACCAGUGCGAGCAUUGCGAUCGCCGCUUCUACACCCGGAAGGAUGUCCGGAGACACAUGGUGGUGCACACGGGAAGGAAGGACUUCCUCUGUCAGUAUUGUGCACAGAGAUUUGGGCGGAAGGAUCACCUGACUCGACACAUGAAGAAGAGUCACAAUCAAGAACUUCUGAAAGUCAAAACCGAACCGGUGGACUUUCUGGAUCCAUUCACCUGCAACGUUUCUGUGCCUAUAAAAGAUGAGCUCCUCCCGGUGAUGUCCUUACCUUCCAGCGAACUGUUGUCAAAGCCAUUCACAAACACUCUGCAGUUAAACCUCUAUAACACUCCAUUUCAGUCCAUGCAGAGCUCGGGACCUGCCCACCAAAUGAUCACGACUUUACCUUUGGGAAUGACGUGCCCAAUAGAGAUGGACACUGUCCAUCCUUCUCACCACCUUUCUUUCAAAUACCCAUUCAGUUCUACCUCAUAUGCCAUUUCUAUUCCUGAAAAAGAACAGCCACUAAAGGGGGAGAUUGAGAGUUAUUUGAUGGAGCUGCAAGGUGGCGGGCCUUCCUCAUCCCAGGAUUCCCAAGCAUCAUCAUCUAAACUAGGGUUGGAUCCUCAAGUCGGGUCCCUGGAUGAUGGUGCAGGGGACCUCUCCCUGUCAAAAAGCUCUAUUUCUAUCAGUGACCCCCUAAAUACGCCUGCCUUGGAUUUUUCCCAGUUGUUUAAUUUCAUACCCCUCAAUGGCCCUCCCUAUAAUCCUAUCUCAGUGGGGAGCCUGGGAAUGAGCUAUUCCCAAGAGGAAGCACAUUCUUCUGUGUCUCAGCUGCCCCCGCAGACACAGGAUCUUCAGGAUCCUGCAAACACUCUAGGUCUCGGCUCCCUGCACUCCCUGUCAGCAGCGUUCACCAGUAGUUUCAGCACCAGCACCACACUGCCACGUUUCCAUCAAGCUUUUCAGUAGGCGUCCCAGACGUGGACUGAUCACAGAAACCUAUGUGUAGCCCUGCCUUAGAGGACCAUUUUUAUUUUAGUGCCUACUUUAAAACCGCAUAAAAACUUCUGCUCUUGUACAGUACCAAUUUUCAUUAAGCCAGUAUGCAAUAGAAACAAGCUUUAUAAAUGAGCUUUGGAACCAUUUGCGUUCAGUUAUGUUUACCUGGGUAUUUUGUCCACACUCACUGCCAAUUGUCAUAUUUUAAGAUGCUUUUUCCUCUAGGAAAGCCAUUAUUAGCAGUAAAGUCUUACCAGUCCCACAUUCAAAUUGCUUUGAGAUCUUAAAAUUUUCAGUUCUGUUCAAUAACAGUGGCUCUAGCUUUUGACAUUUGUCUCAUUAAAGAAGUUUGCAACAGAAUGUACAUUUUCUAAAAUGUAUAUGAAUAACCUGAGAGUUUUUACAUUUUUACUGCUCUCUAAAUGGAUUCAUAAGCAAAUGUUUUCAGAUGAAUUCAGAAUCCAGUCUGGGGAGAUAAUAGAUGUUUCUUAGAUAUACCAUAAUUUCAGGUCAGUAUAUUUUGAAGACUUUGCUGUUGUCUGGCUCAAAUAUUUGCUGUCUAUAUUAUGCACAUACGAGGAAAACAAAACCUAAACACAAAGCACCAGUAUUUAUAGCAAAAAAGAGACUCCUGGUGAGGUGACACGCAUUCCAUGUUACUCCGUAGUUGGCCUUAAACUUGUAUGCAGGAUGUUUUGCCACAUUGCAAAGUCACUCUUUCCAGUUUAAUAGUGCUCAUUGUGUUAGAGCAUCCGAGUCUUCAGAGUCAGUGUAUGGCUAGAUCUCUUUAAUCAUUUCCGCCUUUCAUGGCCAAAGGGUGGGUCAGGUGCAUCCAGCAAUUCUGUUUUAGUUGUCAGUCCACAGUUCAGAAUCGAAAGCCAUUGUGGAACCACAGAUGUCAGGGGUGUUUAUCCCAGAGUAGACUGUCUCUUCUUCUGUGGUGUGAUAGUCUCCUACGAAGAUAGAUGUGAAGCCCUUGGUUCUUGGGAACUUGUCUAGGGACCCUGUCCCUUGUUGCCAGGGUUGGAAACUAGACUCUUGAGGAGUAAAGGAAAAGCAUAUUGCUCACAUCAAUUCUUGCUGAAUUUAAUACAGUUUUCUUUCCCAUAAGAGCCAAAAGCAGAAAACAAAACAGCCCUACCCCCCAUGGUAUCUUUCUUAUUCAGUGUUGAUUUAUCUUUCCUUGCUAUUUUCAGAUGGAGACUUUAAAAUUAAAUGCAUUAGAAAGCUAUUGGAGGAAUGACCACAAAGUUUUAAGCAACUAAAAAUAUAUACAGUAAAACCCUACUUUUACACGUCUCUGCGAAAUUGGGGGAGAGCUGCGAAUCCGUUAAAUUUCUAGAGGGGGGAGAAAACUAAAGCAGAAUAAGCACUGUCUUAGGUAAUGUGAAAGUAACAAUUAAGAAUAUUGUGUUCACUGAAUAAAGUAGUUAUUGUGGGCUUUCCUCAUAUUAGACAACCACCAUAACCUUUUUGAAGGUCAAAUUAUACUUUUCUAAAUAUUGGUUGGGACAUCAGCCUACGAAACAUAUCUAUUAAGCACUUAUUUGGGGACCCUGUCUUUUGGGGUGGGUAGGAAGGGGAAGGUUUAUAAAAGAGUAUAUAUCUCUUAAAAAAAAGGAAAAAAAAAAAAGAAAAAAUAUUUGAGCACUCAUUAGCCCUAUACAGAAGCUUCUUUUUUCAUUUAUAGGGCCAAUUAUCACUGCAGAUUGUGAUGUUUACCAAGAAUUUCUAAAAAUGAGUGCAGAUUACUGAAUAUAAUACAUUAUUUAAAAUAUUUGGGAGUAGUAUAAUUUGUGGAUAAAUGUAAAUUGUAAUAAUGUAAAUGGGGGUUUCACUAUAUAUAUUAUACACACACACACACACACACACACACAUAUCGCACUUCAUAGAAUCAGAGUUGCUCUCUUAAGGGAGCUUUGGCUCCUGAUAUUUUAUCAUGCUCCUAUUUUUUUUUUUAAUUCUAGGAGCAGUAGUUUUUAUACUUAUGUAUUUAAAUUUUAUUAUAAAAAAUACAUUUUAUUAAAAAAAGUGUGUUCCAAAGGCAUUAAAAUUAUAUAUGUUUUAAUAAGGAAAUACAUUUAAAAUUUUUCAAACUGCUCCUAAGCUUUUGAUUAGGAGAAUAUUUGCUCUGAAAGUAGACUUUUAGCUCUGCUUUAUUACUGCUUCCUUUAGUUUCUAUGAAACAGAUUGCUUACUUAAAUCAUUAGUUGAAUGAUUAGUGUUCAAUAUUGCUUUAAUCACCAUUUAAAAAAAAAGGAAAAAAAUUGGUGACAGAGCACAAAUAAAUAGAAAAUGUACUUUUACACAGAAGUCACAAAUACAAGUGUGGAAGCACUACUUUGUCUAAAAUUUGCUUAAGGAAAAGUCAAAUUAAUGACCUGAGACGUUGGCCUUAGCAGGCUGUAUUUCACUGCUAAUAAACAACUAAAAAAGGGAGUACCAGGAUUUAUUCAGUAAGACAUUUUGGAAAUGGGGAAUGGCGCCAUAUAUAUAUAUGUAUAUUUUUAACCUAAUUCUCGCCCUGCAUGGAAUUCAAAUACAUGGAGGCAUGUCUUUUAGAGCACCAGGGCGAACAUUGUAGUCUUAAUUUUCAUGUGAACACCUCUUUGCCUGUUGCCACCUCAUAGACUUGAGACACAUGCGAGGAAGAGGGAAUUCAGCUUGUGUUUUUCACAUUGACUAUACUGGUCACUAAACCCUUUCUGAGAUUAUUUCUGUUAAACAUGAGGCAGAUUCAUUUAUUUUAAUUGCGCAGUGAUUUAACAAGGAUAUAACUCAGAACUGGCUCUUUUUUUUCUAGAAAAAAAAAUUGACAUUUGUUUUUACAUCAACUGGAUGUGAUUAAAAAUAAUUACUGCCAAUGCUGUUUUCAUUCUCCCCAUGGCCAGAAUCAUCAUCUUUGAAAUUUCUAAUAGUGCCUUCACUUGCUUAAAAAAAAAAAAAGGGAUUAUCAUUAAGUAAAAAUAUUUCAGUUUAGAAUUUGGACCUCAGACAAGAUAUUGAACCUCAUUCAGUUUGAACUUCCACACGUGUGUACGAAUUCAAUCACCAGACACAGAAGCAUGAGUGUGGAAGGGUCUCAGCACUGUAAGCAAUAUUAUCCGCUGAUGUAUGCAAAUAUCAUCUUUAUAGUUACUGGUCACUGUUAAAACUCACAUUUUAAAAGCUAUUACCAAGUACAGUUUUCAGAAACUUAAGUUGUCCUGGCUGAUCACACACCACUCUUUGUGCGACUUUUUAAUUUCACUUAGUGUUUUUUCCAAGCUAUGUAUUUUUGCCUAUUUGUUGCUUGUGCUUUAUUAUUCUUAGUCAUUUGUGGAAUAUAGUGAUAUAUUGUGUUAAUUUGGACAGUAGCGGUUUUUAAAAACCAUAUACUGACUGAAACAUGAGCCAGAGCUGAUUGCUUUAUUAAGCUAAUAAUGAAUGUUAAAGAGUACAUAUUUCAGGAUCAUUCAUCUAGUAAGCAAUACACAUAUAUAGGCCAAUAUUUUUUUAAAAAAUAGAGCUUGGUCAACCUCUAUACUACACAUAUUACAAGAUAUAGCACUUUCAAAACGAAUCUAAACCUUUACAGAAACUUUCUUAUAGGUUAUGCCUUUUAUUUUAAGACCUAUUAUAAUUUGUUUCAAGUGCCAUUAGAUGAUAUAUAUGUAGGCCUUUGAUAUAUAAUGCUUUGUGUUCAAAAAUGGUAGAUGUAUUUUAAACAGGUACAUUUUUACAGUGUUUUCUUAUCAAUUUGCUAUAUUGCACAGAAUCAGUGUGUGUCUUUUCAUAAGGUUUUACAAUGGUUUAUUUUUUUACAAGGUUUACGUGUUUCAAAACACACUGUCUUCCCAGUUUGUAAAUUAAAAAAUACCAGUUCACCCAAGUUGCUUCUAGCCUACUGAGAUCCAUGUGACAUUGGAGGAGGUCUUUUAAAUGUCGAGUAUUCCUCAUUAGCAAUAGCGGACUGUUAUCUCUGCCAAAUAGUGCCUAAGUUGACCUUGUCUUAUUUGUUCUCACACUGUGUCAGCAGCCGUGUCUACAGCACAGAUAGUCUGUUGUGAUUCCAUAGAUCCAUGAAAGUCGCCUUGUGUAGUUCUGUGCUAGAAACCCAUACGGAGUGCCUUUUGGAUCACAUAAACUGGUAACACCUGCGUUGGUAAAGGCACACACAGAUCAUCACCCUUAGGCCCUUCUCCGUUACCAACCCUUUGAGGAUGGAAAGGCAGUGUCUUUUGAUAAGUUUAUCUUGCUCUAGAAAUGACGGAACUAUUGCUAAUGUUUGAAACACUUCCUUGUAUAAGCUUCAGUGGUACAGAUGAACCAGAAUGAAUGUUUAUCUUCUCAGAAACACUCCUUCAAUAUUAUGUUGGAUCAUGCUGCUAAUGUAACUUGGGAUACAACUCUUCAUGGUGCUACAAACGUCUCUGUCUUGUUCAGUCGUAUUUUUUUAGCCAUAGGAAAAAAAGGACUCCAUUAGGCGUAAAGGUGUACAAUAUAUUUUUAUACUGUGACUUAAUCUGUCAUUAACAGACUUUUAACACCACCCACCACAAUGUAUUCACGUGCACUUGCAAAAGGAAAUCUUGGACGUGCAAAUGUUAUCAGAACAAACCCAGCUUUUGUCCACAAGGUGACUCUAACUCAGAAUGAAAAGUGGGCUUUGUAAUAUGGUGUGGAGUGAAGAACAUGCUGUAUGUUACUAACAGCCCGUUGAAUUUAACAAAAACUGGGAAUCCAUUAGGAAAUGGAUUGCAUCAUGCCUGAACAUAAGCUGGACUGCUGAAAUUGUAUUUUUAGCUGACGAAAAAGUGUUUGGACUAGUACUCUAAAAAACGUUUGAAUGAUAAAGUUUUGAGUCAAAAUAGAAAAGAAAAAUCUGCAUUCCAGGCUGAAUUUUGUAUAUUUUUAUUGCAUUUUAAAUCGCUCUUCUGUGAUAUUGGGAGAUCAAGUGGCUUAUCAUGUAUAUCAUGUACUUAAAAUGUAUUCACAAACUACUGUUGUAUUUGUAUAAAAUAUAGACAAAGAUCGUAUUUUUUGUGUGUGUAUAAGCUCUGUAAAAUAGCAAUCACAUUCUGAAGCUGCAGUGAUUCUACAUUUUCAACAUCCACAUCCAAAGAAGCAGGCUAUUUAUUGUCCAGUUACCUAGAUAUAAAAUAUUAAUUUGCUGCUAACGAAACAAUAGUACUGCAGCUUCUUGUGGCCUACAGUGUUAUGUUUGCUGUAAGAAAAAGAUAUGUGAACUCCACAAAAUAUAUGAAUAAAAUUAUAGAAUGGCUUUAGAUAAUGUAGAUCUUCCUGAAAUUUUAAUAGAUGAUACAUUUCUAUUGGGUAUAACUUUUUCUUUUCACUUUGAAUUUUAAAUAUCUUCUCAUUGGGUAAAUAUACAAUUCUAAUAGCUGACUCGAGGACAAUACUUUGUUGUUGAAACGAAAUGUAAAAUUCCAGGGUGUCUUUGUUUUAUUUUAAAACUUAUGUACUUUAAAGGAAGGAUAGAAACUAAAUAAAAAAAGUCAAAAGUGUAAUCCAGAUGAGCAUCCAAAAAAGAACUCCACAAAAGGAAUUAGAAUGUAUAAAUCAAUAAGGUCUCUUGUUCGUGUGAGAAAAGAUUGGCAUUAUGCAUUCCUUUAACACCUGCUGUCUGCUGGUACUAUCAAUUAUCCUUUUGGAGGUUUCCUUUGGGCUCUUUGUCUAAAAUGUUGCUGAAAACCCUCCCUUGGCAGCUCUCUGGACCAAAGCACACACACCACUUCUAAGGCUCAUCAGUGAAACAGGAAUGCAGAGAGCUACAUUAUCUGACGAUUCAGUUAAUAAUCUGAGCAGGAAUCAGCUGUAGAAAACAUGUUUUAUGUAUCUGAUAGCCUCUUUCAGAGGGAUAGAAAAAUUCCCUCUUUACCUUUGGCUUUCCUGUUUCAAGGCUCUCCCACUUUCAGAGAGAAAAAGACUGAAGAGCAAUUUGCAGUGUCAGCAGUCCCUCUUUUCACCAGCUUGCUUCCGGAAAAUCAAAAAGCAUGGCUUUGUUAAUUCUUAACACUAAAUACAUUUUUAUUUAAAUUCAUGCAUUUGAAAUAUUUCAAGGACUAGUUAUCAAAACAUGAUGCUUUUCUUAGUUAAAAUACUUUGAAAAAGUACAUUUAGGAUUAAUUCACUUAAGGCAUAAUCUCCCUUAUGGAAAAGUAAUUUGAAAAGUAGUUUGCACAUUUUUCAUUUGUGUCACUCUUAAGAAGUUCAUACCAAUGGUUUACAUUGAGGGAAGAUGGAAUUUCAAGUCUGACUAUACAUAGCUUGACUUUGGCUGUCACUCUUCCUUAAUCAGGCAUUUCUUCAGCAAAAGGCAUCACUUUGUGCUAAGUCCUAGGGGUAUUACAAAGAAAUCAGCUUUAUAAAAAAGGUUUUCUGAUCAGGCAUCUAAGUGAUAAUGGCAGCGUCACUGCAACUGCUGGAAAGCCUAAAUACCAUAUUGAGCCAUACCCAGUUAUCCUUUUUUGCAGAUCAAAAAUGGUCAAAUAUUGGGAGUUUCAGCCUAACUAAAACAAACGAUAAAACCCAGAAUGUCUUGACUUCACCUGCAUUCUAUUCAACACAGAGGUCAAUAAUAAAUUUUUCUACUCUGAAGA